CUGGAAGUUUCCGGACUGGGAGCCAGGGCUGAUAUCCGCGGAGAGCCGAGUCUGGUUCGGGAGGCAGAAGGGCAGACAUGUUCGGCUGUCUGGUGGCUGGCAGGCUGGUGCAGACAGAUGCCCAGCAGGUAGCUGAAGAUAAAUUUGUUUUCAACCUACCUGACUACGAUAGCAUCAAUCAUGUGGUGGUGUUCAUGUUGGGAACAGUGCCCUUUCCUGAGCGAAUGGGAGGGUCUGUUUACAUAUCAUACCCGGAUCAGAGUGGGAUGCCGGUCUGGCAGCUCCUUGGGUUCAUCACCAAUGAAAAGCCAAGUGCCAUAUUCAAAAUCUCUGGAUUGAAAUCGGGGGAAGGAGGCCAACAUCCAUUUGGAGCAAUGAAUAUACCGCAGACUCCCUCCGUAGCGCAGAUAGGGAUCUCUGUGGAACUUUUGGAGCAGAUGGCACAACAAACGCCCGUAGCUAAUGCGGCUGUCUCCACGCUAGACUCCUUCACACAGUUUACACAGAAGAUGUUGGAUAACUUUUACAACUUUGCCACAUCGUUCGCAGUGUCACAGGCUCAGAUGACACCAAGCCCUUCAGAAGCCUUUAUUCCAGCAAAUGUUGUCCUCAAAUGGUAUGAGAAUUUCCAAAGACGUUUGGCACAGAAUCCAUUCUUCUGGAAGACGUAGGCUGAGAAGAGAGUCCUUGGCCAAUCUUCGAGAGGGGGGGAAAAAAUCAAACUACAUUUUGUGCCUCCAUCUAACUUCUGUCAUUGCUGGAAUCCUAAAAUCUCUUCUGCCCUCUCCAGCAAUAGGCAUUUUACAUAUUGGCACAUUUGUUGUUAGUCUGAAAGUGUAAGAUUAAGUACGAUAUCUUGGCUGCUUUUAGAAAUCUGCUAAAAUAAUUACAUUGGCAGCAACUUAAACACCGGAUUGCAUUACAAGCUUUUUACUUAACCUGUUUUAAGGUUAAUCUCUUGUUUAUAAUAUGACGCUCUUUGCUUUGACAUUACUAU